CUGUGUCUAGUGCGCGCAGUGUUUUAAGAGUUCGUUACGUACUGUUUACUGUUAUUGUUGUUGAUAUUGUUAUUUUUUUAACAUUUUUGUGUUUUGUUUUGUUUGGUUUUUUUUAUCGUUCAUAUAUAAAUUGGUGUAGUCUAUAAUUUUUUAAGAAUACUGUCUACACGUGGAUUACAAAAGAGUAUCAUCAUGAUAACUGAACGCAUUACUCAAGCAGUAAGUAAAUUGAUUACUAUUAAAAAUAAACCAGCAAUUGAAUAGAUGUAUAGAGGCAUAAUUCUUGAACUUUCAUGAGGACACACAGAUACUAAAAUUGCCACUACAUAUGCAUACAAAAAAAACCUAAUAAUAAACGAUUAAAAAAUACGUUUUACAUUUUCUUCUAUAUUAUCCAUUAUAAACAACGUAUAAGUAAUAUAAGUUUAACUGUAAAACCAUGUAGCCAUGUAGGUAUUCAUCGAAUGAACGAAUCCAAAAAUAAAUAACUUUAAUACGUAAUCUACAGAUAUUAGUACAAUACAUGGAUAUAUAUAUAUAUAUAUAUAAAGAUAUAUAUAGGUAAAUAUGUACACAUUUCAUAAAUCAAAAUUAAGAUAGCAAUAUUCAACGUCACAGAGAUCGUAUUAUCACCAUAGUAAACUAUAUAGAUAAGAGUAGGCUAACUUGCUAACUAGCAGAUGGAACGUAAUAUAUUUCUAUAAAUGUAUAUCGGUACAGAAAUUGUGAGUUCUGUUUCGGUUAUAGAUUUGGUUAGAUUUUGUAUGCAUAACUAAAGUUCAAAGUGUAAGCGUAAAACAAUUCGUUGUAGAAUUGUUUACUGUAAUACGUUUUCAAAACUUUAAAGUACUGUUUUGUAUUAUUUGUAAUCAAUUCAUAAUAUUAUAAUAUUUUAAGUUCAAUAAUUAUUGUAACUGGAACGUAAGUUUUUAUCUAUAUAUUUUUUUAUUUUUCUUAUAAUUUUUCAUCAAUUCACAUUUUACAGUUUUCGUUAAAUAUAAAUCCUAGUAAAAAAUAAUAAUAAUAAACACCAUAAAAAAUAAAAUGACAUAUUAACAAGAAAUAAAUACCGGUUUCUAUAAGAAAUUGUAUAUAACGUACGAAAUAAUAGUAUAAAUAACAAUAUAUAAAAGACAAUGUCACUUCUAAGAGUCUAGGUACAAAAUAAAAAAAUAAAAAAGUUAAAUAAUAUUUUUAUAUAGAAUAAUAAACUAAAGCCGUAACAGACACAACGGGCAUAUACAAGUGUGCAAUUCAAUUAAACUAGACAAAUUAAAAGUAACUCUUAUAAUAUGUAAAACUGCGAAGUUCAUUAAUACCGUAAAUAAUCGAUCUGUGUUCAGAUAAUUAUUGAAAUUAAUAUCGAAAAAUUCAGAAGUAAAGAAAAUUAUUGUAUGCAAAAGUACGCAGUUCUAAUAAAAGCAAUCGAUAACCGACCGAUGUUCUUAAUCUCUUCAGAAAAUCAAAACAUAUACCUAGUAGGACUAGCACACAGUUGGACAUAAAUUGACCAGUAUGCAUAAUGUGUGACUAAAACAUAUAUAAUAUAUAUGAACGAGUUAAAAAAUUGUCCAAGCGUAAAAAUAAAAACGUCGUGAAAUCCGUGACUAUUUAAUCGUCAAUAACGUAGGAACACAUAUCUCAUCGUCGUAACAAGAAGCACCUCAUCAUUACAAAAUAAGGACACAAAAACCUAUGCAUAUAAAUUCAAAAUAAGCCCGAGCAUAUAAAAUAUAAUAUAUAUAUAUAUAUAUACAUAAUUUAUACCACAAAGAUAAAAACAAUUAUUUUUCAAAUACCAACGGUCUAGUUAAAAUACCGACAAUUAUAAAAAUGUACAUAUAAAUAAUUGUAGUUAAGUACACGUAUUGCUCUGUUCUGUCACGCUAUACUGCCAAUUUUUUUUUUUUUUUUUGAACGCAUACCUGGAUAAACGGGUGACGGAACAUCUUUUAUGAAAACAAACUUAUAGCAAUUACUUGAAACAUAAUUUUUGCUUACAUGAUUUUCAAAUUUAAUCCGUUAAAAAGAGUAUUUACAAAUGUAGUUUUCCAUAAACACGUGGAAAAUAAAAAAAACGAUAACAUCUUGACAAAACAGACAAAAUAUACCUAUACUAUAAUACAGUACUAUUUAAAUACAAAAGUUAUAACAAAUAAUUAUCAUUAUGCAAUAUAACCAUUAUCGUUACAAUAUUUGUAAUCAAGAUAACCUAUAACCAUAGUAGUAUUUAGAAAACUAAAUAAAUGCUACAUUCGUCUAAUAAUUAUGAUGUGUAUGAUUUUUUAGUAAGCGUUUUUAAAUCAAAUUUAAACAAAAAUCCCAAAAAAAAUUAAGGCACUUGAAAUUAUGUACUGCCGAACUGCGCUCGGGAUCGUCUUUCGUCAGCAAUGGUUUAUCAUUGCUUACAGAUAUAAAUUAAAUAACCUUAUGUAUCCUACCUUCCCAACUUCCCAACUAAAACAGGGGCUACACUCGUCCCCAGUAUCAGCUCUUUUUUUUCAUAUUACAUACAUUAUACUAUAGACAUUUUUCCGCAAAAAUAUUGGGUCAAAUAUCAGUAAAAAUAUCGGUAAAAAAAAAAAAAUAAACAGAAUGGAUAUUCCGAUAUUUUCAAUAUCGGCCGAUAUACGAUAUUGGCUGAUGCCAAUAAUCACCACUAGAUGUUGCACUUAAAUAAAAUUAUACACUUAACGGCCCAAUAAGGAUGUCCUAAAACCAUACGAAAUACAUGAAUUCAUGCUCUAAAAAGCGUAAAAUAUUUUACUAUAAAAUUAAAACCGGCAGGUGUCUUAAACAUGCACUAAAUAAUCAUUAUUUCCUAUUACACUUUGUUUGAGCCUAGGUGAGUACUGAACAGAAAACAGACAUGAUAAGGUGUAAUUAGAAAAAAUACAUAUAAGACCUAGUGAUAAAUAAUAAAACAAAACGAUAUAUUAUAUGUACUAAAAGAUAAAUAAUUCUCAAACAUACAUUUUUAUAUUUUUAUAGGUAUCAAUGUGAAUUGAAACCUAAUUUUUACACAUAGUACUAGGCAGAUAUUUAAUAAAUGGAUUUUUCUCUAAAUAAUGUCAGAACUAGUUUUAAUUAAAUAAAAUUCGGUAUCGAUUAAAUUAUAAAAACGAAAAAUUCAUAUUUUUCCUGUACACAUGUUUAAAUAUGUUAAAACAAUAAUUUAUAUAUCUUCAUUACAUUGGUUAAGAAGAUUAAACAUAGCAAAUUAAAAAUAUUUCGAUAUUUCAUUAGCUCAUUUGAAAACUGUUCUAGGUGUUGGUGUAUUUUAAAUGAAAACCCUUUCUUAAAUUAAUUUUCACAAUUUCCCAUUUAACUAAAUUGGAACAUAAACAAAAUAAUCCAUUUUACAUACAAUCUGCAUAAAAAUCUAAAUAAUAUAAUAAGUACAUAAAUUUGAUAAAUUACAUUUUUUAAAACAUCAGCUUUUCUUUUAUACCUGUUCAAAAUGCUAAUAAAAAAAAAAAACCCGUAUUAUUGUAAAAUUAAUGGUGCCCUCACUGCACUCAAAAUCUCAAACUAUGAAACUAACAUUAACAUGAAAUUAAAAGGUGUUAAAUUUAAAAAAAGUCAUUACAAUGAACAAUAAUCAGUAUUUAAUAUUUUUCUCCUGGAUUGUCUAUAUACUUUUAUAUGUGAAGGUAUAUAGUUUUACUAGAUUUUAAAUUUUACACGGUUUAUAUAGUAUUUAAUACAAUACGAAAUGCAUUGCGACUUUAUUAAUAUAGCAUUGUUACUAUAAAUUGAAAAUAUAUUAAGUUUUCGAAAAAAUCAACACUUAAUAUGAAUUAAUAUCUUAAAAUAGUAUAAUUUUUAACACUUAUAACUAAUUAUUCGGAAGUUUGGUACUUACUCGCAGACAUAUAUCGAAAAUAUACCUAAUUUUUUAAUAAAAGGUCACAUCCAGUUAGUCACAGAGAAAUCUCAGGAAAACAAAUUUGACAUAAUUAUUUACCGUCAAAGACGACGAUGAUAAACACUAAACUAUAUUUUGGCGGGACGGUAUCAAAUCAAUAGGUUCGCAAACUUUUUAAACGACCUAUCUUUUUCGGAUCAAAUUCGGCUGCGGUGCCCUACUAUAGAUACCACCGGAAACAAGAAUAAAAAAUUAAUACUAAUUCAAUAUUUCAAUUUAUAACCAAACUAAAUGAUUGUAUUAAACAAAUUAUCAAAAAAGACGGACAUAUUUCGCACGAUGUGUGGGCCACUGUUAUAGGUGAGAAGUUGGGAAAAUAUAGGAUAUAGAGGGGAAUUUAAUUUAUAUCUGUCCGAUAAAUCAUUUCUAUAACGAAAAACGAUUUGGAGCGAAGUUUCUUUUGUAAAUAUAAUUACAUUUUCCCACUUUUCUAACUUUUUCUUAAUUGUUACGAAAACUGUUUAGAAAAUCAAAAAAUAGUCUCCUUAAAGGAUCAGAAAAAUUACUACACUUGAAAAUUAAACCAAAAUUUCUGGUAAAAAAGUUGUUCACAGAUAAAAAAAAAUAAUAAGAAUUGUAAAACCAAUAUAUUCCUCGCUACGCUCCGAAUGUAAAAUUAAAUAUUAUAAGGUAGAAAAACUACUAUAAAAGUGAAAAAUUAAUUUGAUAUGAUAUGCAUGUAGCAAAUUUAAAUUAACAAAAACAAAUCAUACUUAAUUAAAAUGUACGUUUUGUUUUAUUUUUCAUAUGAGCUGUAGUGCACAGUUUAGAAACUAUAUUGGAACAGCAGUGUACAAUUAUCAACUAAGUUACCUUUAUAUAUCUUCCCAUUACCUUCUAACUACCCACCUACAAUAAUGUUCUACCCAUAGUGUAUCCAUGAUAUUUACGGCUUUUUUUUCUAAAAAUUAAUACUCAAUUUGCAUUAUUCCAGUUUGUAUUUUAAAAGUUAAAAUGACAAACGUGAUCAAAAAAAUUCAAUGUAUUUUAAAUUCAAAUUUAUGAUAUUUUCUAUUAUUGAAAUUACUCAAUCAAUAUGCUGUCAAAAGUUAUCCUUAACACCAGAGUUGGGCAAAAUACUUUAAAAUUAGUACGAAAUACGAGAUAUAAUAUCCUCAAGUAACAAGUAUUGCAACACAAGAUACUCGAUACUUAAAUUUUAUGUAGUAAAAUACUAGAUAUUUGAUACUCGAUAAAUACAAAUUAAACUAGUCAUUACAUUUUUCACGCACGCUACAUUUUAAAAAGAGCGGCAAUUAUUUAUUUGAAAUAUUUUUCGGAAUAACUUUCAAUUUUUAAAGUAUUUGUUAAAAUAGAAAUAAGUGAAGGACACACACUACAAUACACUUUUUUUUUUAAUUAAGCGUUUAUUAAGUAAUAGCAAACAUUUUUAUAAAUACCUUAAUUUUAUCAUAAACAUUAAGUUAUUAAUAUAUUUUAUACAUUUUUUAAAUGAUAUGCUUGCAUAAUUUAUCUUCAAAUUAAUAAUAAAAAAAUAAAAUGCAAAAUAUGGAGAAGCAACCCAUGAAAAAGAGACAUUUUUACUAUUCUAUAAAAAAAAAAUAUCAACAUAAUAAAAGCACAUAAAUCACAUGAAGUAAACCAUUAAUUUUCACUUAUCAUAAUAGUGACAAAGACCCCGGGUUUCAUAUAGUUAAACGUGGGAAUAAUUUAAUAUCUAUCUUAUGGAUAAUACUUUCACGGUUUCCUAGAAGUUUUUAUUAUUGAUCAUUUUCUAACGUUAUAUUUUUUAUUAUUAAAAGGUCAUAUUUAAUUAAGAAAUUACAAAUAUUAUAAACAUCAUAUAUUAAUUAUUGACUUAUUAAACCUACAUAAAAUCAUACAACUCCUUCAAAAAAAAAUUGUAUUUUUUGAUUAGAAAUGUUAAUAAACACAAAAUUCAACGUUUUUAAAUUUACUAUCAUUUCGAUUUGUAAUAUUUAGGUACUUUAAAAGUAAAACGUAGAAAAACAGAAAAGUUUACGAUAGUAAUAACUGUUUUAUUUCGAUUUUGUUUUGUUGGUGUAAUUUAGUUAAAAAAUAGUUGUAGAGACUUGACAUUUUUACAUAAUAUUUUUAUUGGCUUUUUUUUAACAUGAUAAAAUUUUUAAAACAUUUACAUAGGUAUUUACAAAAUUUCGAGUUUUUGUUUUAUUCUGUUUUAUUUUAUGUGGAUAAAAUUAUUUUAGCCAAACAGAAAAGCUGAAAAAUUGAACACAAAGUUAAUCUUAAGUUGUAUUUGAUGUUAAAAAAAAGUUGAGCGCAAUGUGGUAAAUUUUUUAAAAGCAAUAAGCAUUUCGAUUUCAAAUAUUGUCGAAAAUUGUAAAAAUCGCGACAUUCCAAAACAUGUUUAACUGACUUCACUUAGUAUAAUAUUUCGUUAGCAAUGGUUUAUCAUUACGUACGGAUAUAAAUUAAAAAGGUAACUUUAUGUUCCUAUUUCCCCAACUUCUUACCUACAACAACAAUACACCAGCCCAAUAACAGCAUCAGACCUUUUUUUAUUAUUAAUUUAUUACUAUCAUUAUUAAAAAUCUACGAUUUUUCUAUACUUAAUGAAAUAAUAGUUCAAACAAUUAAAACAAACUACAUUCUAAAUAAUUUUUGCUUACAAUGUGAAUUAUUGUACUUUUAUAUUAAUUGAUUUCUCCAUUCAUCGUACAUUACCUACCUAGGUAGUUAUUUAUUUACAGAUUUAUAUCAAAUUUCAGUUUAUUAAUGGGUUUAAAAAAACCUUUAUAAUUACACCAAUCCCAAGAAAACGCAAUUAUUAUGUUCACUAAUCUAAAAGUGUUAUACUGGUUUUCUUUAACUUUCUUAUGCUAGGAUGAAUAAUGAUAACAGUAUUAAAAAAUUAUAACUCCAAAAUGUUUUAUUCAGCGGAAUAUAAUAGAAUAGGUGGUCCGUCAACGCUGUAUAUGAAUAUACUAUUCUAUAAAAAUGAAUAACAAUGAUUUCAGUGAAAGUAUGACUCUGUUUUUCACACAUAUGUCAAUUAAUAUCCAUUUGUAGAGUAUUUUUUAACUAUAAGCUAUGAAUAUUUUCAAUGAUAACCUGUCUUGUUUCAUUUAGUACCUGCCUACCUACGUAUUAGAAAAUGCAGAUACUAAAAGAAUACUCAAAAACAAUGAUAAUUUAAAUAACCUAAAUUAAAUGUAAGUCAUUUAACUAUAGUCAGCUUAAAUUGAUUAAAUAUUAUCAACAUGUCAUAUCGUAAAUUUAAAAAAAAAAAACUUUUAGAAAGCAUUAUUAGUAUAUUAUUUUAAAUGUGAAUUUAAUUUUAAAAUUAUUAAUAUCUAAACUCGUCAAUGAUUACUUUUCGUAAUUCCAUUAGAAAGAAAAAAUUAGGAGUCAUAAAACAUAGGUCGCGGAAUCGGUGCCAGUAGAUGAAGGUCAGUACAACAUCAACUAGAACCCGUGGUCAGAAAUGUUGUCUUGAACAUCCGGUAUAUCUACCUAUCUGCAGUGUGCUGUAAUUCAUAACGAUGCCCCGAUCUCAUUAUUCUACUUUCAUAUGAAACAUAACGUUAACGAAUAUUUAGAAUGAAAACUAUACAGCGAAUAUUUAGGUAACUCUAAAAUACAUAAAAUAUCACAAAUGUUAAUAAUAUAUAAUUUCAACAUGACAAUGAUUAUUAAUAACAGAGCAACGAUAAUUUCCGUUAAACCCGAUCCUUUUGCCAGACACUUUGUAUGGAAUUUUACACAGUAAACUCUGUAAAUAAGGAAAAAUUACCUAUAUACUUAGCGAACAUAAAAAAUAACAUAGAGCAUAUUUUAAAGUAGUUGCAUUAUCUAAGAUAGAAAUUUGGUGUGUACACAUAAUUAAGUAAACAUCUUCACAAUUGCAUAGCUAUAUAAAAAAAAAACCCCUUAUUGAAACACAUUAGGUAAACACUGUUAUUAAAUAUAAUUCUAUUUUUCUAUUUUUUUUUCUCGUAUUUCAUGCCUAUUAAAGAAAAAUACCGACAGAAUAGAUUAAAUAGGUGUACCUAAUAAAACACAUUUAGGGUUCAGAUGGCGCGAGAGUGUUGUUAAUUUUACACUAUUAUUCGUUUCCAUUUUAUUUAUAUAUUUCAUAUAAUUUGUGGCCACUGAUUAAUAUUUUCGAACAGAUAAUACCAUCUAUACAAUUUUCAUUUGAGUUUACGACGCUUUCGGUCGCCUAUUACCCUUUUUUUUUUCUUUUUUUUUUUUAUAAAAAUAAAAUUGAAUGUGCUAAACAAAAAUUACAUCUUUAUAUUAUAUACUAAAUAAAACUAUUUUUAUAUCAUAUUGGUUAUAAAUCAAAUAAAUAAAACGAUUCGAAAAUUAGAAUUUACCGGUAAACUACGGAACACUACGGCUUAAAGUUGUGAACUAUUUCUUAUUAUUAUUGUUUUUUUUUUCUUUAUUAUUCUAAUAUAAUAUUAAUAUGUUAUUGCGAUUAAUUAAUUAUAAUAAAAAAAAAAAAAAUGUAUUGUUUUUGCGUUCCGAGUAACACUAAAUAUUUCUGCUGAAUGACCUUAGAUUUGAAUUCCGUUUUCGGGAAGCAAUAGAGGAAACUGAAAUCCAUACUUACAAGAUAAAUUUUAAUUCAUUAAUCCUUUCAGUACGCGCACGCGUAGUAAAAAAUUACUUUUUUUGAAUAUCAACACCUUUUUGUCACACUAGAAUUGAAUAGUCCUAUUUAUUUUUUUUUUCAAACAACUUUAUUCAAUGGCAUUUUUUUUUUUAAUCUCAAAAAUUAGCAAAAUUAUCCAGCAAAAUUUGAUAAAAAAAAUUAAUAUUUUUUAUUAUUUUCAACAAAAUUCAAAAACGUAUGUUAUUAUGUAUAAUAUAUAUAUUAUGCUAUUAUAUGAUAUUUUAUGAUUAUCUUAACAAAUAAUUUUUACUCAUAAAACAGUAGUCAUUUUUUUUCACGUUUAAGGUUAUGCAAUAUACAUUUCAAAAUCAUAUUUCUUAACCAUAGAUGGCUGUAUCUCAGAUAAUUUUUGAGAUGAAAAAAUAUUGUAUCAAUCUAAGUUGAUUUAAUAAAAAAAUAUAGAACACUAUACGAAUCUAAUGCCAAAAUAUAUGUUGCUGUUCAAAAAAAAGUAAUUUGUAAUGCGCAUACUUAAAGGAUUAAUAAAUUUAAUUUAACCGGACGAGCAUAGCCCUUUUCCACCAAAAAAGAAAAUUAUAUUAAUAUAUAAUGAUAUUGAUGAAUUCCGUUUCCACCAAAUAUUGUUUGAGAACCAUGUACCUAAAGUAAUACCUUAUAAUAAUAAUAAUGUAAAUCGUUACAGUCAAUAAUAAAACAAUAAAAUAUGUUUUUAAAAAUCACACAUUAUCUACUAUAAUUAAAUAUUUUAAAAGACCAUAAUAAAAUAAUACCUAAUACAAUUAAUAAUAAUAAUACUAUAAGUCGUAACAGUCAAUUAUUAUAAUUAAUAUAGUAAAAAUUUAAAAAAUCACAGUUAAAUAAAACUGUUUAAACAAAAUUUUACCUACUAAGAUUUUUUUUUAUAGAUACUUCUUCUGUGGUUUUUAAUCUCUUUUAUAUUUUUUUGCUCUUCGAAAUAUUUGUAUAUUAUUAUUAAAUUAUCGAUUAAACGAUAUUGAAUUGUUACAAUAGGUUACAUUAAACUAGAUUAAACUAUAGAUGUUAUACGCUAUACCAAUACCAAUUUAAACCAUUGGUUUCUACGCUUUUUUUUUUUGCGGAAACGGAUAUCUUACCUUUUUUGUUGUGUGUAAAAAAAUGCUGUGGCAGAAACGGCCAAUAUUAUUUUGGCGGAAACGGGAAUCACUCAACCGGACAACGGAGUUCAAAUCUAAAGUCAUCUGGCCGAAAUAUUUAACGUUACCUAUAUUUACGUUACGUUAUAUAUUUUGUAUGAUAUAUUGUUUCCUCUAAAAACAAUUUGUUGGGACAGACAACAGAAAAUAACGAAAUUUAAAAGUCACGUUUAUUUCCGAAUUCUCCAACAGUUUGAAUAAUCCUUUGAAAAUUAUAAAAAAAACCAAUGAAGUUUACAGUCACAUAGUAUUGACAAAAACUGAAAUAGACACGUACCGUACAGUUGAUCCGAUCUCGCGAUCAAAAUCAUUCGUUAAAAAAUCGCAAUAAUAAUUGAAUUUGUUUGAUGCACCUAACCCCUUUCACUCAAACAAAACAAUCAUCUAUACAUUACACAUGUAAGAUAUACGAUAUGAGCAAUCCUCUGUUGGAAAAAUAGAAAAAGAGUAGGUAGAUACCUACUUAUUCUAAAUUUCUAUGCAAUGUCUAUAUACUAAUAAUAAAAAUAAAAUAGUCAAAGAGCACAUCAUUGCACGCUAUAAAACUCUUAAAUUCCUGUUGACAAAUUAAAUUGUUCACAAAUGUUUCAUAAAAAUGACAAAAUUAUUAUAUUUACUAAAUAAGUAGGAAUUCACUUUUACCCGCUAAUCUCGGGAUAUAAUAUUUAUAAUACUGUAGGUAUUAUAGUACCUAACUACCUAUAUCAGUGGUGGCCAAACUUUUUUUGGUUGAGAUCUACUAAGAAUAUAUUUUUUUCUUUAAGAAUCUACUUCCUAACAAAAACGUAUAAUUAUGAAUUACCUAAUGAGUAUUUAUAGUACACAUACAUGUACAAAAUAAUAAAGCUAAAAUGUAUUGUUGUAAUUAUGUUACUUGAUAACUUUACAACAAAAUAAAGAUAAUAUAUUAAGAUAAAAAUGAUCAGAAAUUUGUAUUUAUCUAUUAAUUACAUAAAAAUAAAUUCCGACAAAAUGGAGAUCGACAUUUAAAUUAUUUGCGAUCUACCGGUCGAUCAUGAUCGACCGUUUGGCCACCCCUGACCUAUAUUAUUUUACAUAGAUAUUAUUUUAACGCAGCAAAUAAAACAUUGAAAAAACAAUUUUUAUUUUUGAAACACUUUUCAAGAAUAAAACGAUCUCUGCCAAUUUUUUUAUCCGUUUAUCCGAUUUUUGGGUUGUUUAAGUAUGUUAUUAAAAUAGUAAAUUCGAAUAACGAACUCUAUUCUCAAUUAUUUAUACUGAUACAAUUAUUGUACAUCAUGCUUAUAUACUUUAUGAGUACCUACAUUAAUUAUCUCAGAAAGUAUUUAACGCAAAUAAUAAAUCAAAAAAACACAUAGCUGUCGAUGUAAAAAUAAAGAGUUUUCGCUUCUCAUAAAAUCUAAAAUUAUACAUAGUGAAACUACAGGUAUACAAGUACAGUCAACAAUCGAUGAGAUUGGAAAAAUGUCCAUUAUCGAGAAGAUUUCGUAACUAGAUUACAUUAUUAUAUUAUAUUAACUGAAAACAAAAAAAAAUCCACCGUUAAGUGGUUUAUUUUAUUACCAAGAUGAUUUCCGCGUCGAACAGACGUUUCACUAAAUUAUGAAACAUUACAAUUUACGAAGAUACAAACCAAACAUUUAAACGUAAAAUUAUAUAGAAAUAUAUUGAAAUCUAAAAUGUUUUUAUACUGUACCAAUAUGUAACUCAUAUAUUUUUGUAAUAUUUUGGAAGAUAAAAAUUUAAAUUAUACUAUUAUUAUAUAGCAUUCAUAAUACAAUUAUUUUUUUUUAGGGGAGGAACCAGAACCUUUCAUUAAAAACAAUUGUUUUUCUGUUUUCUGUUAGUAUCACCCGCAUUUAUCAAAUAAUUAGAAUUUCCUUGACGGAAAAUACUUAAAUACCAUUUGUAGCGAUACUUCAAUCGAAAUGUUUGAAUUUUGAAUAAUAUAACAAAACCUCAAAUGUUCUAUAAUAAUAUAGUAUUUGAUAUUAAUUAAGGAAAUAUUUAUUUUUGUUUCAGAUAUUUUUACUCGCUACAUUGAUAAGUUUUUACGAUAUAGUAAGCGCUGAAAAUGAAUCACUUAUUAGAAUAAAACGAGAACCUCCUUCAAAAUAUGGGCCCCCUCCAAAGCCGAGACCUGUAUAUGGACCACCAAAAUCUAGUGGACGACCUAAACCAGUUUAUGGUCCACCGCCGAAACCUAAAUAUGGACCACCAAAGCCAAAGUAUGGGCCUCCACCAAAAUUAAAUUAUGGACCUCCAAAACCAGUAUAUGGUCCACCGCCUAAGCCAAAAUAUGGACCUCCAAAACCUGUAUAUGGCCCCCCACCAAAACCAUCUUAUGGCCCGCCAAAAUCAGUUUAUGGACCACCAUCUGGAGGAGGAUUUAAACCUUCCACUUCAUAUGGAGCCCCCCCCUCACACUCAUACGGAGCACCACCUUCCUCUUCAUACGGUGCCCCAUCGUCUUCAUACGGCGCACCAUCGUCUUCAUACGGUGCACCAUCGUCUUCAUACGGUGCUCCGUCGUCUUCAUACGGUGCACCGUCGUCUUCAUACGGCGCACCAUCGUCUUCAUACGGCGCACCAUCGUCUUCAUACGGUGCUCCAUCAUCUUCAUAUGGUGCACCAUCGUCUUCAUACGGUGCCCCAUCAUUUUCAUAUGAAGCACCAUCGUCUUCGUAUGGAGCUCCACCAUCAUCUUCUUAUGGAGCGCCACCAUCAUCUUCCUAUGGAGCACCUUCACAAAGUCAAUCUCCUUCGUAUGGUUCAUCUUCAUUAAAAUCUUUCCCAUCUUUAACAUAUGAUGCUCCAUCACCAUCCUCCUCUUACGGUACACCAUCACAACCAUCGUCGUCAUAUGGUGCACCAUCACAGCCAUCGUCAUCAUAUGGUGCACCGUCACAGCCAUCGUCAUCAUAUGGUGCACCAUCACAACCAUCGUCAUCAUAUGGUGCACCGUCACAGCCAUCGUCAUCAUAUGGCGCACCAUCACAACCAUCGUCAUCAUAUGGUGCACCAUCAAAACCAUCGUCAUCAUAUGGCGCACCAUCACAACCAUCGUCAUCAUAUGGGGCACCAUCACCACCAGCAACAUCUUAUGGAGUACCAACAAAUAGUUAUGCACCUCCUAGUCAUUCCAUCUCAAUAACCCCUUCAGUUUCACUUUCUAUCCCCUCAAGUUCAUAUGGCGCACCAUCCAAUGUACCAUCAUCAUCAUAUGGUGCACCUGCCAGUGGUCCAUCAUCAUCAUAUGGUGCACCUGCCAGUGGUCCAUCGUCCUCAUAUGGUGCUCCAAAUAUACCAUCAUCUUCAUAUGGUGCGCCUUCUAGUGGUCCAUCAUCUUCAUAUGGAGCACCUUCCAGUGGUCCAUCGUCUUCAUAUGGUGCACCUUCUAGUGGUCCAUCAUCUUCAUAUGGGGCACCUUCCAGUGGUCCAUCAUCGUCAUAUGGUGCACCUUCGAAUGUACCAUCAUCUUCAUAUGGGGCACCUUCCAGUGGUCCAUCAUCGUCAUAUGGUGCACCUUCAAAUGUACCAUCAUCUUCAUAUGGUGCUCCAUCCAAUCCACCAUCAUCUUCAUAUGGUGCGCCUUCCAGUGGCCCAUCAUCAUCUUAUGGGGUACCUUCGACAUCUUACGGAGCUCCAUCAGGAUCAUAUAGUUCGUUUGGUUCUUCUCAAAAUAAUCAUUUUGGAGGAAACAGCAAUUCAGACUCGUAUAAUGUAGGAAGUUUAUUUAACUCCCACACUCAAUUUAGUGCACCAACACCUUCAAUUACAUAUGGUCUACCAUCAAUUACAUAUGGUUCUCCUAAAGGCAAUGGAGAUAUCCAAGGGUCUUACAGCAGUAUAUCAAAUUCUAUUUCAUUACCAGAAUCGAAUUCUCAAUUACCAAUUGUAAAUUCAUAUGGAGAACAUACUAAUAGUCAAGAUUUAGGCAAAUCAUCAGCAGACUCAUACCAUGUGGUACAAUCCCAAUACAACACUCAGAGUCCUGUAGAUACACAUACAACUCCAUCUAAUACAUUAGAAAGACGUCAAAAAGAGUCGUCAGAAAAUACUGAUACUACAUUGUAUUCAAAUUCAGAUGAAAAAUCAAAAGGCAAAAAAGUAAUUGUAAAUGAAAAACUAAAUGCAUAUUUAAAAUAUAUAGCCAAAAGUACACAAAAGCCAGAUACAGGUUUUCAGGCACCCACAAAGACAUAUAGUUUUAAUUAUGAAGAAUCUCCAUCUCUAGUUAAUGAUAGUCUUACUUCACUAAGUGAAAAUCUUCCAACUAAUCACAAAAAUAGUGAAUCUAAUUCUGGAAAAAAUUCAAAUCACAAUUACUCCGACAAUCAAUGGAAAAUCACAGAAAACCUAAGAUAGUAAAAAUAUAUAAUACAUAUUGAUAUAUGCUUAAUGCUGGAUUUUUUAUUUAUAUGUUUUUAAGUAUUGUUAAAAAUACAAAAAUCAUCUUGCCAAUUUCCAAGCUUUGUUACUAAAGCUUUUUAUAAUAUAAAUAUAAUACCACUAUAUCAAAUGUUAGCAAAUAUCUACCUAUUAUUGCCAAUAAUUAAUGGCAAGUCACUUAAAUUAUAAUAUUAAAAAUAAAUGUAUAUGCAUAAAAUAUAUUAUACAUAUAUAAUUACACAUAAUGUAAAUGUACCAACUUUUUUGUUUGUAAACAAGAUAAAAUAAUUUAUGAACUUGUAUUUUAUGUUUAUCACCUUUAUAAUUAAAAAGCACUAUUGUAAUAUUAUGAGGUAGAGAUUGUGAUAAAAAC